AUGGCUAUUUCAACUUUAAACCUUCCAACUUUUCCAAAGUUUGAUACGGAUGAUUUUACUACAAUCUCAACUCGAUGGGAAAAAUAUAAGAAACGUUUUUUAAACUUGUGCGUCGCUCUGAACGUUGAAGAAGACAAGCAGAAAUUAGCCUUAUUGCUUAAUUACAUUGGUGAAGAGGCGUAUGACAUAUACGACAAUCUUUUAAUACCAGGUACAGAUGAAACGUUUGCAAACGCCAUUACAAUAUUUGAUGGAUAUUUUUCACCUAAGAAAAACAUCGAUUAUGAAGUGUAUGCAUUUAGAAAACUAAAACAACACCCCGACGAAAACAUUCAUCAGUUUUAUAUACGGUUGAAACAGCAGGCGAAUAAAUGUGACUUUGGAACAAAUUUGGACAAAGAGCUUAAACAACAAAUUGUGUUAUCUACUCAUAACAGCAAAAUUCGUAAACACGCAUUUAAGAAUACAGCAAUUAGUUUAGCAGACUUAUUGAUUUAUGGAAAACAUUUGGAGGAUGCAGAUCAACAAGCCGAUGAUGUAGAGCGUUCGAUGAAUCCACAGGAAGAAAUUAACCGACUUACAAAGAAACUGGAAACACUCAGAGGUAAGAACUUGUCGAGCAGAGGGAAUAGCAGUAGCCGAAAAGAUAACUAUAAAACAUGUUAUAGAUGUGGGAACGACUACCCACAUUCUCAGGCAUGUCCGGCCGAAGGGAAAGAAUGUAAUAAAUGCCACAAGAUCGGUCAUUUUGCCCGUUGCUGCAAAAGUAGUGCUAGGGGUCCGAUAUCUCGAGGAAGGCGCUUCGUGAACAACAAUACGGCUACUUCUGAUUCCUCUGACUCUGGUGCCGAAAAUGUGAACAGUUUAAAUCUAUUUAUGUUAUCUACCGCGGGGAAUGCUAACAACAACAACAAUAACUGUAUUGCUAGUGUCCGUUCUAAUUCAAAUACACACUAUGAGUCAAAAGUUUCAGUUUGCGUUGAGAAUAGUGAGAUCAAAGAUUAUGCGUCAGUAAAUUCUAUAGAAAGAUUUUAUACAAAAGUGAAGGUAGAAGGGGUCACACCCACACGAUUCUUAAUAGAUACCGGUUCUGCUUUGAAUAUUUUGAACACAAAAACAUUUCACAAAGUGAACGAAAAUUGUGGCGGGAAACUUCGCUUACAAAAGACAGCCACCAAGGUGAUCACAUACGGCUCGAACGAACCCAAAUUAAAAGUCCUCGGAAAAAUUAACCUCGUUAUCGAAAAUAAGCACCGCCUUACAACAAAAGAUUUUUAUGUAAUUAACACUGACCACAAAAAUCUUUUAAACGGCAAAACUGCCCUCGAAUUAAAAUUAAUAAUUAUGCCAAAGGAUGACGCGAUUCCUCAAAAGAAACCAGAUAAAUCUAGAAACACAAACAAUGCGGCAUAUAAGAUUAACGUGGAAACAAAAAACAGCACGAGGGAGAGCAAAACAAAACAUGCCCAAAAAGUUCAACCACCUACUAGAUUACGUGCGUUGAUUGAAGUUUACAAAGAGAAGCUUUUUAGCAAUAAGAUCGGCAAAUUUACGGAUUAUAAGGUCAAACUACAUAUUGACGAGAAAGUGACACCGGUCACACAGGCGGAACGACGUAUCCCAUUUGCACUAAGACAGAAAGUGAAAGCAGAGAUAGAAAAAUUACAGCAACAAGAUAUUAUAGAGGAAGUUAAGGGACAACCGACGCCGUGGGUCAACCCAAUUGUUGUCGUACCCAAGGGCAAUAACGGUAUUCGCAUAUGUCUCGACAUGAGAUGCGCAAACAGAGCGAUAGUAAGAACACGUUAUCCCACGCCUACUGUUGACGACCUACUUGUAAAACUUCAGGACAGCAAACACUUUACUAAACUAGACCUUAACGCAGCAUUCCACCAGUUAGAACUAGACGAGUCUUGCAGAUAUAUAACAGCGUUCCGCACACAAGACAAAAUUAUGCAAUACAAACGAUUAACAUUUGGUGCAAAUAGUGCUUCAGAGGAACUACAACAUACGAUCCAAUCAAUACUUUCAGACAUAAACGGUGCAGACAAUAUUGCCGAUGACAUACUAGUUUACGCAAAAACGACAGAAGAACAUGACAGAAUCUUGACACAAGUGUUUAAGACACUAUCGGAUAAGGGAAUAACAUUAAACCUACACAAAUGCUUGUUUGACCAACAUAACCUUGAGUAUUUCGGCUAUGUGUUUUCAGCAGAGGGGAUGAGACCAAGUCCGACAAAAAUUAACGGUCUUUUAAACGUCAACCGACCUACAGACGUCAAAUCAUUAAGAAGCUUUUUGGGGAUGAUUAAUUAUUUAAAAAGAUUCAUUCCGAACUACAGUACCAUUACUUAUCCUCUCCGACGUUUAACGCGAAAAGAUGUAAAAUUUGAGUGGAAUACAGAAUGCCAAGAAGCGUUUGUAACUUUGACAACAACAUUAUCCGAAGAGUCGUGUCUGUCAUACUUUGACGAAAACAAAGAAACACUCUUGUUCUGCGAUGCAAGCCCAGUGGGAAUUUCAGCGAUCCUACUUCAAAAAAAUUGUAAGAAAAAUGACAUAGAUGUGAUAUCUUACUCUUCAAGAUCACUUACGCAACCGGAAAUGAAUUACUCCCAGAUAGAACGGGAAUGUUUAGCAGCGACUUAUGCAUGUGAAAAAAACAAUUUGUACCUUUACGGAAAGCACUUCACACUUUUUAGCGACAACAAAGCAUUAGUAAAUAUACUGAACAAUCCCAAAUCAACACCGCCCCCGCGAAUUGAACGAAUGAUGUUGCGACUACAGAGGUACAACUUUAAAACAGAUUACGUCAGUUCUGCAGAUAACAUAUGUGACUACCUAAGCCGAAAUCCAACGUCUAUUGGCACAGAUACAAAAUACAUCGAAAAACACGUUAAUUUUCUCACGUCGUACGCAACACCAAACGCUUUAGACAUUAAUGAUAUAAAAACCGCCACACUAGCUGACCCAGCAUUAAAACAAUUGAUAUUAAUCAUUAGCACAAACAAAUGGCGACAUCUGGAAGAAGCUCCAGAAUCAGACGAAAAAAAGUUAUUAAAACACUUCCACAAAAUAAAAGAUUCCUUAACCUUGAAUUCAGAACAGAAUCUAAUACUGAAGGACAAACGAAUUGUAUUACCAAGAAUAUACCACCGUACAGUAGUUAAACUUGCCCACGUUGGUCAUCAGGGAUUAUCAAAAACAAAAGCCCUUCUGCGAAGUAAAGUUUGGUUCACCGGCAUGGACAAACUAGUAACAGAUGAAGUAAACAACUGCAUUCCAUGUCAAUCUGUCAGCAAGAAAUCUAAGCUACCACCCAUCCAGCCAACAGAAUUACCGGCUCGUAUAUGGCAAACAGUCAACGCAGAUUACUUGGGACCGCUCCCUGACAAUAAGUAUGCCUUAGUAAUGAUAGAUCAGCGGAGUAGAUAUCCUGUAGUGGCAUUCACAAACAAUACCACAGCAAAGAACUUCACCAACAUUUGUAACGAUACCUUUGCACACUUUGGAAAUCCGGAAACACUUGUUUCCGAUAACGGACCGCCGUUUCGUUCCAGUGAAGUGAAAAGAUAUAUGGAAAAGAGGAGAAUAUAUCAUAGGAGGGUUACGCCCCUAUGGCCACAAGCGAAUGGCGAGGUCGAGAGAUUCAUGUUACCAUUGACGAAAAUAAUCUGUACAGCACACAUUGAAAACAAGUCGUACGUCGAAGAAGUGCAGAACUUCUUGAUGGCGUACCGUAUAACACCUCAUUCUACAACAAAUAUUCCUCCAGCCGACCUUAUGUAUAAUCGCAAAAUACGAUGUGCUAUUCCCGACUUUUUUAGCAAAGUUGACGACUCCAUCGAACUACAGUUAAACAAAAAUGACCAAGACAGUAAACAAAAAGCAAAAGAAUAUGCCGAUAACAACAGAUACACACAAGAACAAGAACUAAACAUCGGUGACCGCGUUCUGGUGAAACAGAAAAAGAUAAACAAAGUGACACCUCCUUUCAAUCCGAAUCCAUACCACGUUACUGAUAUCAAAGGAACGAUGAUCACUGCGAUGAAUAAGGAAACAGAACACCAGAUCACCCGCAACAUAUCUCAUUUCAAACCAAUUCCAGAUACUGCCAAACAUGUGCCAAUAAAAAUAGACACUGAGGAUGAGGAUGAUGAGGAACACCAUCUUACCGUUCACAGACCUGAACUUGAGAAUAGCGGCCCCAAAUCUACUUCUAAAACAACCAUGACAAACAACUCUGCGUCACAGCGAACGUCGAAAGAACCGCAGUCGAGAAAGACAUAUCCAAAACGAUAUAGAAGACCAAUACAAGAAUGGAAAACACACUAA